AUGGCCCAGUCAUGCAUAAGGUGGUCGGAGUAUAUCGUUACUGCUCGCCUCGGCAAUUAUCAGGAGGUGGUGGGUUUACUUGUGCACAUGUUCCGUGCUGCUGCGACCAUGUCUCCCGCUCAGUCAGAGGGGACAUCAGUUCAGACCCAUUCAAAAGAGGCUUCUGCAGAAUUGUACAUGGGGUUGAUGAGGAGGCAGUGGAAGAUGCGAUGA